AUGGGCCUCCGCUCGGCGGCACCGCGCGUGCUAGCAGGCCUGGCCGUGGUGCUGGUGGGGGAGCGCCCCGACAGCUGCCUGUACGUGUCGCGCAAGCAGGAGGCCGCGGAGAGGGCGGGCAUAGCCUGCGAGGUGCACAGGCUCGCGCAGGACGUGAGCCAGGAGGCGCUGUGCGCCAAGGUGGCCUCGCUGUGCGCUGACUCAGCGGUGGACGGCGUCAUCGUGCAGCUGCCCCUGCCAAAGCACCUGGAUGAGGAGGUGAUUGGGGCCCUCAGCACUGGAAAUAGGGAUUUUUUGGCAGGGUGA